AUGCCCCCUAGAGACUUCCUGCUCACUGCUUCUGAAAUUAAGGACCAAAUGGACAAACAGCAAUGGCACAGCGCUCCGCAUGAGUCGCUGAGGCCAAGGUCCCUCCUUGCUAAGUCUCCAGUUCCCCUCUGGAAUCGUCUGCCCUCGCCUAGUUCUAACAAUAAGGUAUCCAAUCACUGCACUAAGAAGUUCUACCAUGAGCAGGUUUCUGUUGCAAUCUGGGAUGUGGAGGAUGAACCAGAGCACCCUUUUUUUCUUGCAAACAAGGCCAAGUAUACACAAGCAGUUAAUUCCCGCAUUGACAAUCUUCACAAGGAGUAUAAAAAGCAUGCCAAAACUCUCAGUCAAACCGGGAUUGGUCUGGACAAAAUUGAGAUCACUAUUGGUUUGGAAAUUGCUAACCAAAUUGAUGCCAUUCUGGAGGAUUUCCCUUGGUGGCAUGAUCUGAACCCAAUCUGGUGUGAAUUACCGAAGUAUAAUGUGCUGACUACCAGCAACUCUACUGCAGAUGGUCAGGAACUUGCGACCCAUUUAGAUGGCAUCCUCAAUUCCUUGUCUGAAAAAGGUGGAGCAGUAGUGGAGGGCAAUUCUGAGGACAACUCUCAACUUCUGGACCUGCCUCUUGACACCAGUGCUGCCUCCACAUCUCCAAUUGGAUCAUCACCACCACCAUCCUCACCCCUUGUGCUGCUCUCUGAUUUGGAUGAGACUAAAUAUGUGCCAUCAGAGGCCUCUACUCCUACAUUGAGUACACUGACUCAACCCACUUGGGCUGCUAGGUUUCACACACCAUUGCCCUCAGUAUCAACUCCUCUCAGUAGAUCAGCACAACCCACCCAAAAAGGAAAGUGCGAUGCCCUGUCUGAGUUUCAUGAGCAAAGCUGUCUUGAGUUUGAACAAACACACUGGGAGUCAGAGCAAUUACAUGAGCAGUUGUUGGUCCAGGAGCAGUGGAGGACACUGCAUGCAACUCAGAAGCAUGUCAGGGCACACCCUGACUAG